AUCUUGGUAUGAAGUUUUAAUGCAACGUUACCUUCACAUUUCUGUUUAUAUUGCAGAUUUAGUUGCCGACACUUUCAACAUGAUGGGAAAAUGAAGAUACCAUUUAUUAAUAGUUAGCAGUUUUAAUUCGUUUGAUGUACAUUUUUUUAACAUACUUUUGAAUGGAAUGAUAAGGUUGAAAGGGAUGCGUUUUAUGCGUUGUAUUAAUUGGUGGCAUUUAGGGAAAACAUCCCUUCUUCUGGGUUUUUUAUUCUUUUUCUGUGAGGUUCUUAUAUAUUAUAUUGUACUACUACAAUGUACAUGGCCUCAGAUUCAGACAAAUACAAAGCAUUCAACAGUGAAGGCAAUGCUUUUAGCUGAUGUCCAUUUAUUAGGUCCACGAUUUGGACACUGGUUCGACAAAUUAAGGAGAGAAUGGCAAAUGUACAGAACAUUCCAGACAGCAAUGACUCUUCACAAUCCACAAGUUGUUUUUAUAUUAGGUGAUAUUUUUGAUGAAGGACAUCAUUGUAAUGAAGCACAGUUUAACAACUAUGUUAAACGCUUUCAUAGUGUUUUCAGUGUUCCAGAAAAUACAAAACUUCAUGUUGUAAUUGGCAAUCAUGAUAUUGGUUUCCAUUAUGGAAUAUCUCCACAGCUGAAAGAACGUUUUGAGAGAUCCUUCAACACAUCUUCUGUUGAAUUGCUUACAAUAAAUAAUAAUAUAUUUGUUCUAGUCAACAGUAUGGCCUUACAUGGUGACAAUUGCUUUUUAUGUAAGCCUGCUGAGGAGAAGUUGAAAGAUAUAUCUGAAAUGUUACGCUGUGCUAAGAAUGGGGGUACAAGCAACAAUUGUAAAAAGUACAAAUCUUUGCCACCUUAUAGUCCGCCAAUAUUCCUUCAGCAUUUUCCACUGUACCGUCCUUCUGAUUCUCACUGCAGUGAGCCAGAUGCUGCACCAAAGCAGAUAAUUAAUGAGCCUUUUAGAGAAUUUUGGGACUGCUUAGCUAGAGGCUCUACUAGCAAAGUACUUGAUUAUCUAGAGCCUAGAGCUGUUUUCAGUGGUCACACUCAUCAUGGUUGUUUCACUAUUCAUAGAGAGCGUAUUCCAGAAUGGACAAUUCCUUCAUUCAGCUGGAGAAAUAAAAAUGAUCCCAGCUUUAUUCUAGCUGCAUUUGCUCCUGAUACCUUUUUGGUCUCAAAAUGCUACAUGCCAAAAGAAAGUACUGUCAUUAACUUGUAUAUGAUAGGUGUAUUCCUCAUUGCAGUAUGGAUAUAUUUCUCUAGAUAUAGAUAUUUUAAAGGAACAUUUUAUAAAGAAAAAUGAAUAGAAUGUUUUAAAGCUGUUCUGUGAGUAAUGAAAUUUCUGUAAGCAUUUUAUUCAAGUUUGCAAUUUUUCUUGUCAUGCAAAUUUUGCCUGUGAUGAAUGGGUGGGGGUAAAUGUAUUGUGUCUUUCAAUUUUUGCAAGUACAAUUGUUUUUAUAUGUUUAUCAAAAUAAAGUCUAUAUUUGUUUGAUAA